AUGCCCACUGUCGCAGUAUUAUUCCAAGCAAUUGACCCCCCUAUCAUAAACGGAGUUCGCAAACCGCGCAAGCCAGGUGGCUACCAAGACUCCGGCGCAGACAUCGCCUAUACACUCCGCUCAACAGGAGUGAAUAUAAUAACAUCCAAACCAAACCCAUCCCCAGACACCCACGAAGGAUGGUGUUUCCCAGACUCAGAAGAAGGAAUUCUUACCGCAAUCUCCCAAGGCGCAACACACCUCUGGGCAAAUACGAUCGUCUUCUCAUCCCACCCUCUCCAAACAGCAUCUUGUCUAGAUGACCAUGCGUCCACCGUCCGGGUAAUUGGCCAGCCACCAGGUCUAGUCGAGAAAUUCGACGACAAGCUCUACCUAAACGAUAAACUCCGCUCUCUGGGCGGGUCAUUCACACUACCCAAAUCAUGGGAAGUGAAGGCCACCGAUCAUCCUCCCCUGGAUCUGGAUUCAUUCAUACAGACAAACAUUACGGACUACCCAAUCGUUGGGAAACCAGUUCGCGGCCGUGGAAGCCACGGCGUGAAAGUGUGCCACGACCCCGCUGAAUUGAAAGAUCAUAUUGAAUCACUUUUUGAUGAAUCGCCGGUCGUUCUUCUUGAAGAGUUUCUCGCUGGCGAAGAAGCUACUAUCACCGUUAUGCCUCCUUCCCCUGGCUCUGGUAGAUUGGGUUAUUGGAGUAUGCCGCCUGUGACUAGGUUCAAUCAUGAUCAGGGAAUCGCGCCGUAUAAUGGGACAAUCGCUGUUACUGCUAACUCGCGCGUUGUUUCCGAGGAGGAAAUGCGGGAUCCGGCUUAUGAAGAGGUGAUGAGGCAAUGUGAGCAUGUGGCUUGUUUGAUUAAGGCUACGGCGCCUAUUCGGAUUGAUGUUCGGCGGUUUGGACCUGGGUCUGGAUUUGCUAUUUUUGAUGUUAAUAUGAAACCGAAUAUGACUGGGCCUGGACGUCCAGGUCGUGAAGAUCAGGCUAGUUUGACUGCUAUGGCGGCUACGGCGUGUGGUUGGGAUUAUUCAGGGUUGUUGCAGGAGAUUUUGAGAGGGGCUUCUACUUUGGAGACUUUUCGUCAGUAUCGAAGUCCGUUCUAG